AUGUUCGUGAAAGUAGCCUUCUUGUGCAUCUGGACGGCGGCAGCGGCCACUUCGCAGAGCUGCACGGGUGAUGCUCCAGACUCGCGUGCCGCAAGCCUCCUUCAAAGUGCAACACAUCGUGGGUCCGGCUACGUGGAGAAGUUGCAGGCACCCAAGCGGUCCCUUCUCGAAAGCCAAGUGGGCCGGAUUACGCAGCUCCUGAAUGUGACCGAGUCGGCGAAGAAAACUGGGACUGCGUUCCAGCUCUGCUGCCUUCAAGUGGCCUACUGGUGGCAGUGGUGCGCGGACCUCCUUUGCUCGGCUUCGUUGCUGCAAGCCUCUGGAAAUGGCGAAUGCCUCUGCGAUGGUCAGUACGAUGUGGGGGCUGAGGACUGUAAGACCGCAUUCAAAUCGGCGGCGUCAUGCGACACGCCCGCCGGCUACCCCAGAAGCUCGUGA